GCUCUGAGGUGACAGCAGAAAUGCCUGUGCACAUCGGGGUGUAACCAAAGGGAUCGAGACUGACGGGAGGAGGGUCGGCCGGGGUUUUCUGGGGCUCGACCGAUUUCCUAAAGUAAACUGAAAAGGACUGGAUCAUUGUAUAUGCCGGGCACUAUGAUACUGGAUACAGUGGAAUGUGAGUGCUGAGGUUGGUGCUGUAAAUCCAGCAUGGAGGUGAAAAAGGAUGGAGGAGGAGGGGGUCCAUGGUCUUCGUCAGGAGCAUCUUCUGCUCCCUCCCAUCCUGCCUGCUACAGGAGCACACUCACAGCCUUCAUCCUCUUCUUCCUCGUCAUCGGGGUCUUCGUAGGCCUGGUUAUUGCCUACCUGGUGCAGGAGCAGCAUUAUUUCAUGGAGACGGUGGAGCUGAAUGGUCUGAAGUACGAUCCUGUUCUGCAGGAUGAGAACUCUGCUUUCUCCAUAGUGCUAUCCUCUGUUUUAAAGUCCAAGAUUAAAAAUGUCUUCAUUGCCUCAUCAAUAUCACAUCACUACGUUGAUUGCAGUGUUGUUGCCUAUGGUAACAUUAAUGGUGACGUGAUGGCAACAUUCAGACUGGUCUUCAGGGUGUCCAAGGUCCAGCAGUAUUCAGACAACUUUGUUCAGGACUUGCUGAGAGCAGGGCUCAGCUCAGCAAUGCAUGGGAAACCACUAGAGGUGCCAGAAUUUGGAGAGAUCAACACUAUCAUCUUACUGGGAGCCAGUGGGAAGUCGUUUUAUGCCAUUGGAGAUGAGAUGAUUGCCAGGUGUCCUGACAACACCUUCACCUGUGACAACGGAGAAUGUGUCACCAAACUGAACCCAGAGUGUGACUUCAUCCCUGACUGUGCUGAUGGAUCUGAUGAAGCCCGUUGUGCCUGCGGUACACGUCCCGCUAUGGGAAAUCGCGUGGUGGGCGGUGAGGAUGCUCGACAAGGGGAACUGCCGUGGCAGGUCAGUCUGAGGCUUCACGGACGUCACACAUGUGGAGCCUCCAUCAUCAGUGAACACUGGCUGGUCAGUGCAGCACACUGCUUUGAGAGGGACAACGACCCCAGGGAGUGGACGGCGCUUGUAGGGGCCACGCUGGUCAACGGUGAGGAGUCCGAGUCCAGAACGAUUAACAUCAAGUCGCUGAUUGUGUCUCCUGACUACAACCCAAUGACCACUGACAAUGAUGUUACUGUGCUGGAGCUGGAAACCCCUCUCACCUUCAACUCGUACAUCCAGCCUGCCUGCCUGCCCUCACCCUCUCAUGUCUUUGCCCCCGGCCACAGCUGUGUGGUGUCAGGGUGGGGCGCACUGAACCAGUUUAAUACUGAGGUGCCUACCACACUGCAGAAGGCGGUGGUGAAAAUCAUCGACUCCAAAGUGUGCAAUAAAUCGUCUGUGUACAGAGGUGCUGUUACUCACAACAUGAUGUGUGCUGGAUUCCUGCAGGGCAAGGUGGACUCGUGUCAGGGUGACUCUGGAGGGCCCCUGGUGUGUGAGGGGGCCCCAGGGAGGUUCUUCCUCGCUGGAGUGGUGAGUUGGGGUGUGGGCUGUGCCCAGAUCAACAGGCCUGGGGUUUAUUCACGCGUCACCAGGCUCCGCAACUGGAUUCUAAGCCACACAGAUCCCAGCUUGGCCCAUGAUUAUUCCCAGUAUGUUCUCACUGUGCCAGUUACUGUGACGGCAGGAACAUUUAAUCAUCCGCCAGUACCCAGGACCACAGCCACUGAUGUGUUGUCUGCACCAACGCUACCUGUCUUGAACUGCAGUGGAAACUUCCAGUGUAGCACCACCUCCUGCAUCAGCAAGGUUAACCCAGAGUGUGACGGAGUUCCAGACUGUCCCAACAAGGCCGACGAACAAAACUGCAACUGUGGUGUGCGUCCUGCGCUGGGCUCCCAAAGGAUUGUGGGUGGAGUAACAGCUCGAAGGGGGGAGUGGCCUUGGAUUGGCAGUCUCCAGUACCAGAGACUUCACCGUUGUGGUGCCACACUCAUUCAUAGCAAAUGGUUACUCACAGCGGCACACUGCUUCAAAAGUGACCCCAGCCCCACUAACUGGGCUGUGAGCCUGGGAUCUGUGCUGCGCUCGGGGGUGGGAGCCCUGGUCAUCCCCAUCCAGAGGGUCAUCAUCCAUCCAGCCUUCAAUGACACCAACAUGGACCAUGAUGUGGCUCUGUUGGAGCUGGUCGUCCCAGCCCCCAUGUCCUACACCAUCCAGUCUGUCUGUCUCCCUUCACCGUUGCACCGCUUUCUGAAGACUGCUGAGUGUUACAUCACAGGCUGGGGAUCCAUGAGGGAAGGAGGUUCAUUGACAAACCUGCUGCAGAAGGCUGCGGUGAACAUCAUCGACCAAGCAGACUGCCAGCAGUCAUAUGGGAAUGUGCUGACUCCAUACAUGAUGUGUGCUGGUUACAUGGAGGGAGGCAGGGACACCUGUUUGGGAGACUCUGGAGGGCCGCUGACCUGUCGUCAGCCCUCUGGCCCGUGGUUUAUUGCUGGGGUGACCAGCUGGGGACAUGGAUGUGGGAGAACUGGUUUUCCGGGGGUUUACACUCGUGUGACGUCCAUCAGGAACUGGAUAUCUGGAUAUCUGCCUUUCUGAACAGGCAAAAAAGGGAACUAAACCUGCAAAAAGCUGACAAACUAGACAGACGCAGUGGAUUUUCCUGAUCUUCUCCAGCAGAGUGUACUGUACAAGGACUCAAUUCAUGUUAAAAGCCAAAAAAACAAACUACUGAUCUGUGUGACCUACUGGUCAGGGGUGCUCUUUGAAAUACUGUGCAAUGAUCUCAACUGGGAUCAUUCUGUCAUAUUGUACUGAAGAAACAAGGAUAAUGCUGAACUGUAGCUUAUGGACAUUCUGCUAGCACAUGCACAAUUGAAAAUAUUUAUUUCAGUUAUUUAUUUUCCUGACCGGUAAACUUACUGUACAUGGUGUUGUGUAUUUUGUGUCGGGGUUCAGAAUAUAUUUGGUUCAUUUAUGGGUACAACUGCUUGUCUUCUUUGUAUUUUUCU